AUGAUUUUUGUGUAAUCUAGCUUUGAUUAUCGAUGUUACUGCGUUUUAAUGGAUUUUUUGUGUUUGGAGAAUGAAAUUGUUAUGAUGAAUUAUCAAAACGUUUCUUAUGUGUGAAUGAGUGAGAAAUGAGGAUAGCUUAAACCUGUUUGAUCGCAUUUGAGCGUUGUUAUAAAAAUGGCUGAGGCAACGCCUGCUUUGAGGAAGCCUGUGUUCACCAAGGUUAAUGAGCUGAGACCAGGAACCAGUGGUCACUCGCUGAAUGUGAAAGUUGUCAACACGAAGAUGGUGUUGCAGAGAGGAGGAGGAGGUCGUCCCAUGGGUCCUCAGGCACGUCAGAUGCGGAUCGCGGAAUGUUUAGUUGGUGAUGAGACUGGAAUUAUAAUCUUUACUGCAAGAAAUGACCAAGUGGAUUUGAUGAAAGAGGGCAGUGUAUUGACUCUGCGUAAUGCGAAGAUCGACAUGUACAAGGGGUCUAUGAGGCUUGCAGUUGAUAGAUGGGGACGUGUUGACGUCGCAGAGGAGCCCACAGACAUCACCGUGAAAGAUGAUAACAAUCUUUCGCUGAUCGAGUAUGAGCUUGUGAGCGUCGAAGCUUGAUAUGGUUCCUCCACAAAAGAAAGCAGAGCGACUCAAAAAAAACUUAUGUUCUAGUUGGAGAAGCAAAAGCCUCUUUGGUUUGAGUUUUUUGCUAUAUCAGAAUUUCCUGGUGGAUUUGAGUCUUUAUGUAGUAUCCGGCUUGCCUUUGAUCUAC